AUGCGACUCGUCCCAGAAGUCCCAAAUAUAUCACCUCGCUGUGUGCAAACCGGUGGCAUCACAGUAGGCGGUGAAUAUAUCCCCGAACGGACAGUCAUCGGAGCCUCAAUAUACACCCUUAUGCGUAACGGGGAUUAUUUCCAGAAGCCCGACGACUAUUGGCCAGAACGAUGGUUCGUUAACCCUGAAGCUGGGAUUGAUUCAGAGGCUCUUGCGCGAGCGCAGAAGGUAGUCUGUCCAUUUGGUGUGGGACCAAGGUCUUGCGUUGGGUGGAAAUUGGCUUGGUUGAAACUGAAUGUGAUGCUCGCAAGGACGCUUUUCAUAUAUGAUAUUUGGCUGCCACCGGAGGCAGAUUGCUGUGAGAUGGGGACUACAGGGGAGAUAUGUGAUUACAGCAUAAAGGGGUGGGCGAUUGCCUUUGGUGAAGGACUAUGA